CUGAUAACGCGGACGAGAUUUGUUAUUUGCGCGUGUGUUGUUUUCCGUAUCGGCAUCAAUUUAUUACGUUCUCACAUUCGUAUCGGGACGCAUAAUUGCUAUUUAUCGCGAUCAUGCGUAAGUUGAUUUAGAUCGCGUGUCUUGCGAGGCAGUAUCAGCCUCGUCAGCUGUCAUGCAAAAUGUUUCCCGCUUAUCGGUCUUGCACGCGCUAUAGUAUUAUAACAAUAUGUUCUAUAGUUUGUAUACUGAUUCUAUUUUCUACUUCGCCGCCUUUUCACAUCAAUCGCGUCGUUUACCUUUCUCCCGAGGAACAAACUUUGUUCUCCCAUCGUUCAAUUUGAUGCGAGAGAUAGACUAUGUUAUCCGAAUUUAUGAUGUUCGAACUUCUGGUCGAUAUCCAGAGUGUAUAUACGUAUAGGAACUAUGAUGUAGGGUAUUCAAACAGAAAACAAAAGUUUAUUUAAAUGUGUUCUAAAAGACGUUUACGUUUUUUUUUUUUCCACGUACAUUAUGUAAUCUCACAUGUAAGAUGGAAUCAAAGCCGGAUCGGUAAUGCGCGCGUGUGAAGAUCGGCAAUAGAAUCGCAACAGACGACUCCGUUACAAUAUUCAUUAGAUCGAUGGACAGCGACUGGUUCCAAGUGUGCGUCGAGCUCUCUAUCGGUGUUAUCAUCGUCGUCAGAUUAGGGUCGCGCCUUGAGACAUCGCUCGUUUCAUCGCGUUCCGUCACAUAACACGCACGUAGUAACGUCGCCGCCUUCUUCGAGAGAAGAGAGUGGGAUUCUUCUUCCAGAGUUUCUCUUCGCGCGAAAACGUUGAAAAUUGACGAAAUCCAAUAUCCGAUGGUACGCGAAAACAGAAUUUCUCGUCUAUCCUCGCCGCGCCGUUGUCACGUACAACGAUAAGAGUCGAUUUCUUCGCGAUCGCAGGACGUGCGUUAAAGUAACACAAGUCUCAAACGAUGUUCGAAAACGCGGUUCAAGCGAAGCUGGUGUCGAUGGUGCUGAUCGGGGCCGGCAGCUUCAUCGUCGGCGUCACGCCUGCCUGUUUCGUCACACACGCGCAGGAUCUUCAACGGAAGCUGCUGCUCUCCUGCGCCCUGUGCUUCGGCGCCGGUGUCCUGCUGGCCACCGCGACGCUCCACGUCCUGCCGGAGGUGCGCGAGGGACUGCCGAAGCACGCCGAGCUGGUGUUCUCCUGCGGCUUCCUCGUUCUCUAUCUCGUGGAAGAGUUCGUGCAUUAUUUCUGCCGACACAGUCAUCACGGAUCCGAACAUGACUCGCAGCACAGAACCACGAGCGAGGGUAGCUGUUCGAACCAGGGCGUUGGUUUCAGCGGCGCCGCGCUAGACAGCAAGGUCUACAUGUCCGAGGGAGAAGUGAGAUUACCGCUUAACUACCGACAAAAUCCCAUCGGUGGUAACAACUCCGGUAACGCGUGGACUUACAGCAGCUACGGUGCGACACGGGGCUCCGCACGUGAUCCCUGUUUGACGAGCGAUAAAACGACAUUUUUGUGCCACGGGAAUCACGGCGAACAGUGCGCCGAUACCAACACCGGACUCGCCGGUCUUGCUCUUGCUCUCACCGUGCACGCCGUUCUCGAAGGACUCGCGAUAGGAUUGCAAAAGCAAAUUACCGAGGUGUUGCUGCUAACCGGAGCUGUGGCGUCCCACAAGUUUGUUGUCGGUUUUUGUCUGGGACUUGAAUUAGCCGGACUCAGCAAAUCCAUUGGCAAAUUAAUAUUCGCAAUUUUUAUAUUCUCUAUUGGAUCCGUCGUUGGCAUUGGUAUUGGAAUGCUAACGUUUCAAGCAGACACGGACUGGUCGAAGAUAGUAUUGCCAAUUUUGCAAGGCCUGGCGGGUGGUACCUUGUUGUACGUUACCGUGAGCGAGGUUCUCCCGAGGGAAAGGUCAAAGUGGCACAAAAGUUGUCGCAGAUACGCGGGCAUCUUGCAAUUUUUAUCCGUCGCCAGCGGAUUUACUGUUAUCUUCCUUCUUAAUUAUUAUGUAGGCGAGUGAACUGAUUAUGUUAAGUUUAUUAUUUUUUUUUUUUUAAAGUUGAUUAGUCUGCUAAUGUUUUGUGUGGUUGGACUUGAAGUCAAUCUCUUCGAGCAGUUCUUGUGCAAUACCGGACGAAAUUUUUUUAAAUUUUUUACAAGAGCUAUUGUAUGAAAUUUUUUAUUAUUGUGAUUAGUGAAAGUGAUAUGUUGUAUAUUUAGUUUAGAGUAUUUUUUUAGUGAGUGAUUAAGAAACACCAUUAUAUAUGAUUUUUUUAAAUUAUAUUUUUCAUUACCUAUUUUUUUUUAUUACCACAAAAUCGUGCGAUUGCGAGAUAUUUGGGAACACAAUAGAGAGAUUUAAAAUUUUUACUUUGUUUUUGUGCUUUAAAAUAUUGCGUGUAAGAGCAUAAAAUCCGAUGAAUAAAACUCUGACCAUAUACCGAAAAAUCCACUUUUUUUUUUAACUCCGUGGUAAAACGCAAAACACUACGCUAGAACCAAUUCCCGUGUAGUUCAAUAUUCGAAACACACUGCUUUUUCGCAGUUUUUUUUUACCGUUGAUCAGAAAUGUUUAAGAAGCAAGAUGAUAACGAGCUUUUUUCAUUGUGAAACACGACGAUUUGAAACCGGAGGACAAUGUUUUGUUGUCGGGUUUUUUUUGUUUUUUUUUUUAGAGCUUACCGAGAAUAUUCGUCUUCCUGCAUCGCUUCGCGGAGAUGACGCGGGAAUCGCGCGAUGCAAAAGCUCGUCUUUAUUUCAGCACAAUUCCCUCAGCGUGUUUAUGAGAACAAUGACGUGUAUUUCGAGAACGUCACACUGCGAAAUCAUCGUUGCGAAAACCUUUCAAAUUUCCGACAACGCGUCCGUGCACGAGCGAGAUUAAUUCCGU